GAUGGGCGGGCUGAGCUGUCGCCUGAUUCCCAGCGCGUCCUGUGGCGCAGGGAGCCGAUUCGUACCGCGCCGGCUGUCUGCUGGGGCGCGACAGACACCUCUGCGCACUCCUCUUUGAUCUUGACUGAGUCAAUGCUUUACAUUGUCUGUGUUCUCCAUCAAGCUGAGAUAUGCCCACUGCUGAAAGUGAAGCAAAAGUAAAAACCAAAGUUCGCUUUGAAGAACUACUAAAGAUGCACAAUGACCUAAUACAUGAAAGAAAAAAACUGAAGAAAAAACUUGUCAAAUCUAGAGAAAACAUCUCACUUGGCCCUGUUAAAAGGAAUUUUCAGAAUAUUGAAGAAACUACAAAUGAUGAUGAAAGUGCAAGUAACACUGACCAAGAGAAGACCAUGCAAGUCACUAAAAAUAAACCGAGGAAUACACACUCAGCAACUGAAAAUCCAAAUGAUGAUGUUAGUAUAGUGGAAGACAAGCACGGAAAGCCAAAUAAAAAGGCAAUGAAGACAGUGUCCCAGGUGACAGCACAAGAAAUGGAACCAGAAACCCCUGAGAAAAAAGUGCAAUCUACACAUCAGAAAACACGUACAAAGUCACGGCCAGCUGUGGAUCAUCAGGAAAUUGAGAAGGCAAAUGAAGGAAGAGAAAAUAAUAAUUUAGAGGAGGAAGAUGAACUAAUGCAAGCAUAUCAGCUCCAAGUAGCUGAAGAAAUGGCAAAGGAGAUUAAGAAGAAAAUUAGAAAGAAGCUGAAAGAACAGUUGACUUACUUCCCCUCAGAUACUUUAUCACAUGAUGACACAUUAAACAGUGACAAAAGAAAAAAGAAAAAAAAGAAAGUUCCAAUUCUGUCUAAAGAUGAAACAAGUACAUUGACUGUCUCUGAUAACACAGUUGAAGAUGAACAGAAGAAAGAAUCUCCAGUUGAAGCAGUUACUGCAGAUCCUCAUCAAGAUGAUGAAAUAAGUGCAAGGGAACAAGAUGUGUCUGACAACAAGCAAGAUAACAUAAACUCUAAACCAAAAAAAAUAAAAAAGAAGGCUAAAGCAGUUCCAGAUGGUAAUGAAGAUGGUGAUGGUGUUCAUGAAAUAACAAGCCGGGACAGUCCAGUUUAUCCCAAAUGUUUGCUUGAUGAUAACCUUGUCUUGGGAGUCUACAUUCAUCGAACUGAUCGGCUUAAGUCAGAUUUUAUGAUUUCUCAUCCAAUGGUAAAAAUUCAUGUGGUUGAUGAGUAUACUGGUCAGUAUGUCAAGAAAGAUGAUAGUGAACGGCCUGUGUCAUCUUACUAUGAAAAAGAGAGUGUGGAUUAUAUUCUUCCUAUUAUGACCCAGCCGUAUGAUUUUAAGCAAUUAAAAUCAAGACUUCCAGAGUGGGAAGAACAAAUUAUAUUCAAUGAAAGUUUUUCAUAUUUGCUUCGAGAUUUUGAUGAGAGUCCUAAAGUCAUCUUGUUCUUUGAGAUUCUUGAUUUCUUAAGUAUGGAAGAAAUUAAGAAUAACUCUGAGAUUCAAAAUCAAGAAUGUGGCUUUAGGAAAAUUGCCUGGGCAUUUCUUAAGCUUUUGGGAGCCAAUGGAAAUGCAAACAUCAAUUCAAAACUUCGCUUACAGCUGUAUUACCCACCUACUAAGCCUCGAUCCCAAUCAAAUGUUACUGAGGUUUUUGAAUGGUGGUCAAAAUGUCCAAGAAAUCGUUAUCCAUCAACAUUGUAUGUAACUGUAAGAGGACUGAAAGUUCCAGACUGUAUAAAGCCAUCUUACCGCUCUAUGAUGGCCCUUCAGGAGGAAAAACCAGUGUAUUGUGAACAACACCAUGAGUCAAAUUCAGUAGACUCAGAACCUGGAUUAGAAGAUUCAAAGGAAGUGAUAAAGUGGAACCGACUGCUGGGGCAGGCUUGCCGUAUUCCAAACAAGCACCUCUUCUCACUAAAUGCAGGAGAACGAGGAUGUUUUUGUCUUGAUUUCUCCCACAAUGGAAGAAUAUUAGCAGCAGCCUGUGCUAGCCGGGAUGGAUAUCCAAUUAUUUUAUAUGAAAUUCCUUCUGGACGUUUCAUGAGAGAAUUAUGUGGCCAUCUCAAUAUUAUUUAUGAUCUCUGCUGGUCAAAAGAUGAUCGCUAUAUCCUUACAUCAUCAUCUGAUGGCACUGCCAGGAUAUGGAAAAAUGAAAUAAACAAUACAAAUACUUUCAGAGUUUUACCUCAUCCUUCAUUUGUUUACACGGCUAAAUUCCAUCCAGCUAUAAAAGAGCUGGUGGUUACAGGAUGCUAUGAUUCUAUGAUACGGAUAUGGAAAGUUGAUAUGAGAGAGGAUUCUGCUGUACUAGUCCGACAGUUUGAUGUUCACAAAAGUUUUAUCAACUCACUCUGUUUUGAUACUGAAGGUCAUCACAUGUAUUCAGGAGACUGCACAGGGGUAAUUGUUGUUUGGAAUACCUAUGUAAAAGUUAACGAUUUGCAACAUUCAGUGCGCCACUGGUCUAUAAAUAAGGAAAUUAAAGAAACUGAGUUCAAGGGGGUCCCAAUAAGUUAUCUGGAGGUUCAUCCCAAUGGAAAACGUUUGUUAAUCCAUACCAAAGACAGCACUUUGAGAAUUAUGGAUCUCCGGAUAUUAGCAGCAAGGAAGUUUGUAGGUGCAGCAAAUUAUCGGGAGAAGAUUCAUAGUACUUUGACACCAUGUGGGACUUUUCUCUUUGCUGGAAGUGAGGAUGGCAUAGUGUAUGUUUGGAAUCCAGAAACAGGAGAACAAGUAGCCAUGUAUUCUGACCUGCCAUUUAAGUCACCCGUCCGAGACAUUUCUUAUCAUCCAUUUGAAAAUAUGGUUGCAUUUUGUGCAUUUGGGCAGAAUGAACCAAUUCUUCUGUAUAUUUAUGAUUUUCAUGUAGCCCAGCAAGAGGCUGAAAUGUUCAAACGCUACAAUGGAACAUUUCCAUUACCUGGAAUACACCAAAGUCAAGAUGCCCUAUGCACCUGUCCUAAGCUGCCCCAUCAAGGCUCUUUUCAGAUUGAUGAAUUCAUCCACACUGAAAAUUCUUCAACAAAAAUGCAGCUAGUGAAACAGAGACUGGAAACUGUCACAGAGGUGAUACGAUCCUGUACUGCAAAAGUCAACAAAAAUCUCUCGUUUACUUCACCAUCACCAGCCUCCUCACAACAGGCUAAGUUGAAACAGUCAACCAUGCUGACCACUCAAGGAAUUUUACGUCAGCGUGACUUCACUGAAACAGGAAUUACUGGCAUAGAAAGAAAGCCUUGUAACCAUCAAGUAGAUACAGCACCAAUGGUAAGGCAGUCUAUUUCUGUAUUGUUAAAACUGAUCAAAUAAAACUCUAAGAUGAUACUGGUUACAGUUACACAAAAC